CCAACCGAACAUCCCAGCGUUACUUCAGGGUGAAAGUCCAUAGUUCGCAGCUCCAUUUCAGGUCAGGGUCUUCUACCCCUGCGACUCGGUAGCACUAGUCCCAUGGUUCGAAGCCCCUUGCGUGAUUACAAGCCAAAUCCUCUUGCUAUCGCUGUAACGCGUCAACGGUCAGGCUUAAUGUAAUCAGGUUCGUUUCACUGAGAAAGCAUAGAAUGCCAAGAGCCAGUCCUGUUCAUUGAUUGCGAUGCCUUUCUCCGUUUUUCUGCUUGCAUGUGUUUUAGAGGACCGACCUUGCGCUUGUUCACAUGACCCUGGGCACGGAAUUAAAGUUUUUGCAACGCUCAGACACUAGUUGGCUCCACUUCAUCAAUUGCGCUAAUUAUAUGCCGCAACGAAUGGGAGAUGUUAUGUCCCUCAACAUCGCGCAUUCCGGGCCUUCUUAUUCCUCGCGUGAUGACCUACUGUAUCAAAAUGCGGUGCCGAGUUCGUCCAUGUUCUGCCGAUGCCAUGGCUCAACAAUUCGGAGCUCCAACAAAUGCCCCGGGCUUUGGGUGCCCGUCAUCGUGGAGCAACCGGACAAAGGAUCUUCACUGCUGUCCGCACCGAGCGAGACUUACCCUGGGCUCCUAGGACGUAAGCUCCUUGAUUUGACAAAAGCCACUCGAUGCCUAUUUGAAACUAGAUUAGGGAAUAGAAUCCUCCCUGCCUUCUCUAGCGCGUUAUGCUGCAUCUUAAGACUUCCUUCUAUUGCAUGGUGUUCGAGAAGGCCCACUCGAAAUUCGAAACCAUAGCUUCCAGCAUCAGUCGUUCCGCUGCGAUUGAAUGCUCUCACCCGAGCACAUGCCGGAGAGUGUAUUCACCACGCCAACUUUGAUGGA